UCUAAACAGAACCUUAAAUCACUUGUUUCGGGUUUACCAGACCAUUUGAUUAUUAUAAUCUCACCGUCCUGACAGUUAAAAGAAGAGAGAUUAAAAAUGAAAAGCAACAUUAAAGCACUCUUCUCCCCCUUUAAAAAUCACAAUUCUCAUGCAUAUGCUAGAGUAGAGCCUAAGCGCACACACCUCAGUUGCCAACAAGUCCACAUACAAUCUCAUCUCUCCGUACCCUCCAAAAAAAAAAAACACUAUGGUUUCCCUUGAACCUAUUGAGGGCAACCCCAGAUCUAGUGAUGCACCUUCAAGUCCUAGAAUAUCUUUCUCGGCAGAGUUCUUAGAUGAGAACAACUUCAUCUCCAUCAGUCCAAACGCUGAGUAUGAGAAAGAUCAAGAGAAGGAACGUGAGAGAGCAAGGAAUGCUGCCGAGUUUGAGUUCCUUUCAAACAACAUGAGCAACAACAACACAGUGUUAACUGCUGAUGAGCUUUUCUUUGAAGGGAAGCUCCUACCCUUUUGGCAGAUGCAGCACCUAGAGAAGCUCAGCAAGAUCAGUCUCAAAACCAAGGAGGGAGAGGAAGAGGAGGAAGAAGAAUUAGAAGAGGAGGCAGUGGUGAGCAACAACAAAGAAGAUAAUAGUAGUAAUAGUAGUAGAGUAAAUUGGUUUGUCGAUGAUGACCCAUCUCCAAGGCCACCAAAGUGCACCGUUCUUUGGAAAGAGUUGUUGAGGUUGAAGAAGCAACGUGCUUCUUCUUUGUCACCCUCUUCUUCUUCCUCGUCUUCUUCCUCUUCUGCAAGCUCACUGGGUGAUGUAGCUGCGAAAGAAGGGAAAGAAGGGUCAAGGAAUAACAACAAAGAGCAGCAAGUGAAGAGGGUAAAGAAAGGGUUGGAGAGAACAAGGUCAGCUACUAUUAGAAUUAGACCAAUGAUCAACGUGCCAAUUUGCACACAGGUGAAAAGCAGCGCCUUGCCCCCUCUUUUCCCACUUAAGAAAGGAAAAUUAGAGAGGUAAACCAAAGAUGUUGCAUGCCACCAAGCCUAUGUUUAUUUGUUUAGUUUUAUCCUUUGGAAUAAGUUUGUUUUUGGUUAUUUCUUAUAUUUGUUCCAACAAAUCAUGUUGCCAUGGUAGAUUAGGUGUUAAUUUGGGUGGAUCUGAGAAAUUACAAUGUAAAUUCUGACUUGUAUAAUCAUUGGAUUGUGCAUUAUUUUGGCCUGGGUUGGCAAUGGCAUCGGUAGUUUUGAUAGAUGAAGAGUAACGAGACAGUGAGUUGCAGUGAGA